UGACCUUUGGCGGUGUUGAAAGGCUAAUGAGUUGUGUUACAACGGCUCAACGGUGGUUUCUAUUGUUUCAACUAUUCCACUGUUUUGAGAGAGUUGAGAAAUGUCCUCUGCAAUUGGAAUUGGAAUUGGACUCAGGUUUUCACUCUCAAAUUAUGGUUCCUUGUCAUUGAUUAACCGAAAGGGAUUGAGUCUGAACUAUUUGGCAAGAAGGAGGAGACAACCGCAUGGGAUUGUGGCAUCAAGCGACGUGGCUUCGCCUUCCCCCUCCCUAUGGGAUGACUGGAAACCCCUCAAAUCAGCCUCAACUCCUUCCCUCAGCGACAUUCUCUGGCCUUCUGCAGGGGCAUUUGCGGCAAUGGCACUGCUGGGAAAGAUGGAUCAGCUAUUGGCACCAAAGGGCCUCUCAAUGACGAUUGCGCCUUUAGGUGCAGUUUCUGCUGUCCUCUUCGCCACACCCUCUGCACCUGCUGCCAGGAAGUACAACAUGUUCAUGGCUCAAAUAGGUUGUGCAGCCAUUGGUGUUCUCGCAUUCACCAUAUUCGGACCCGGAUGGCUCGCUAGGAGUGCUGCUCUCUCUGCCUGCAUUGCCUACAUGAUCUUCACCGGCACCGUUCAUCCACCAGCUGCAAGCUUGCCGUUGCUUUUCAUCGACGCCGUUAAAUUGCAUCACUUGAAUUUCUGGUAUGCUUUGUUUCCUGGUGCUGCUGGAUGCAUUCUUCUAAGUUUGAUUCAAGAGAUAGUUGUAUACUUGAAGCAAAAUGUCAAAUUCUGAGAUCCAUUCAUUGAUCUCUGAAGGCCAGAGUAAUCCUUCUUCCAAUAUAGUAAUUUACUUUCUUACUGAAGGGCAUGGAAGAAGAACAUUAUUCAUUGAUCAGCAUUUGUGAAAUGUGAAUGUAUGUCCACAAAAAAUUACGAUUGUACAUUUUCCUUCACCAAACAGGGCUCCUAGUUGCAAACUUGCAACAAUGUAUUGCCAUUGGGGCUUCUGUGAUCAUAAUAUUGAAUCCAAAAAUUAUUUCAAAA